AUGCUGCUGCUGCAAGCUCUUCUGUUACUCUUAGUCCUGUCUACUCAUGGCCAGGACAUUGCAGCAGAGGAGCCUGAAGUCCAACUCUCUCCACCCAAGGGGUCCUGCUCAGGUUGGAUGGCUGGCAUUCCAGGGCAUCCUGGCCACAAUGGGUCCCCAGGCCGUGAUGGCAGAGAUGGCACACCUGGAGUGAAGGGUGAGAAAGGAGAUCCAGGUCUUGUUGGUGACAAAGGUGAUAUUGGUGAAACUGGAAUAACUGGAAUUGAAGGUCCCCGGGGCUUUCCAGGAGUCCCAGGCAGAAAAGGAGAGCCCGGAGAAAGCGCCUUUGUGUAUCGUUCAGCGUUUAGUGUGGGAUUGGAAAGCCGGGUCACAGUCCCCAAUGUUCCCAUUCGCUUUACGAAGAUCUUCUAUAAUCAACAAAACCACUAUGAUAGCACCACUGGCAAAUUCCACUGCAACAUUCCUGGGCUGUACCACUUCUCCUAUCAUAUCACAGUCUACUUGAAGGAUGUGAAGGUCAGUCUCUACAAGAAGGACAAGGCUGUGCUUUUCACCUAUGAUCAGUACCAGGACAAGGAUGUCGACCAGGCUUCUGGCUCAGUGCUCCUUCACCUGAAUUCGGGUGAUGAAGUGUGGCUCCAAGUGUAUGGGGAUGGAGAGUAUAAUGGGCUCUAUGCGGACAAUGUCAAUGACUCCAUUUUCACAGGCUUCCUGCUCUACCAUGAUAUCAACUGA